CCGCGGCGGCCACCCGCUUCACGUGGCCGGCCGCUGGAUCGGCUCGCCGCGGUUGACCGGAGCGUUGAGCCGGUCGUCGCCGCGCGGGGUGGUUGGCCGCUGGCGUCGUCCGCACUCGCGUCGCGUCCGCUCCGGGAUCGAGCGAGCGAUGGGGAAGGCGGGGAGGUGGCUCAAGAGCUUCCUGUCCGGGAAGAAGGACAGGCCGCGCGCCGAGGCGAUGGCCGUGGCGGCGACGCCUCCUGCUACGGGGGCACCCAAGGACAAGCGGUGGAGCUUCAGGCGGCCGGGGCAGGAAGGGAAGGCCGCCGCGAUGACCCCGGCGGCGAGGCGCAGCGGGCCGGACGAGGGCCUCGGCCUGUCGGCGACGGACAUCGAGUUCGAUCAGAAGAAGCACGCCGUGGCGGUCGCGGUGGCGACCGCGGCGGCCGCCGACGCCGCGGUGGCCGCGGCGCACGCGGCAGCGGCGGUGGCGCGCCUGUCCUCUCGCAGGGCGCGCCUGCCGGCGAGCCUCAUCGAGGACGGGGCGGCGGUCAGGAUCCAGGCCAACUUCAGAGGCUACCUGGCGAGGACGGCGCUGUGCGCGCUGAGGGGCAUCGUGAAGCUACAAGCUCUGGUGCGGGGCCAGCUGGUGAGGAAGCAGGCGAACGCCACGCUCCGGUGCAUGCAGGCGCUGCUCACGGCGCAGUCCCACCUGCGGGCGCAGCGCAUGCGCGUCCUCCAGGAGCACUACCACCUGGCGCCGCCGCCGCCCAGGCCACGGCACUCGCCGCAGCACCCGAGGCACCGCCGAUCCUAUGAGAUGGAUAGGUCGUGCGAGGAGAACGCCAAGAUCGUGGAGAUGGACAUCGGCGAGCCGGCGCGGCGAGACGCGGCCAAGGACAGGCAUCUCCUCCUCGAGCACCACGGCCGGUGCUCGCCGGCGCCAUCGGCGGUGACGGAGCUGAGCCCGAGGGCGUACAGCGGCCACUUCGACGAGCUCUCGGUGGCGACGGCGCGGAGCAGCCCGCAGCACGGGUCGGCGGCCUCGGAGGCGUGCCCGAGCUACAUGGCCAACACGGAGUCGUCCCGCGCCAAGGCGCGGUCCCAGAGCGCGCCCCGCCAGCGCACCGACGCGCUGGAGCUGCAGUCGAGCCGGAGGAAGGGGACCCCACCGAGGGGCGCCAAGAUGCAGCGGUCCUCGUCGGUGGCCGGCGGGGCGCCGCGAGGGGGCGGCCAGUCGUCGCCGUGGUCGGCGGGCCUGAGGCUGGACGCGUCGAGCGCGUCGCUCAAGGGCAGCGAGUGCGGGUCCACCAGCUCCGUGCUCACCGCGGCCACCGUGUACAGCCGGACACGGUCGCUCGUCGGCUUCGAGGUGCGACGUGGCCUGUACUGAGCUCUCGCUGUCCCUGGUGUGUGCCAUGGAGGGGUGGCUUCAGGAGUUCAGGUCUUCCAAUGAUCCAGGGUGCCUCCUCGGGAGCUCCAAGCAGACGCUUGUGAUCAGUUUGCAAUUACUCUCGUCAGUGUGCCAAGAGAGCAACGAACGUGGCUGGUUCAGAGCAGUACAUAGUAAAAUUUCAAACUGUAUAUUUUUGUAGCCCACUUGUGAUGUUUUGCAUGGUAUUGGGUGGUAUGAACGGAUACCACGACACACAAUGUAAUAAGGUUUGAUUGCAAACCCUCGUGGAAGAUACAGUAUUGUUUAGAUGUGAAA